CCUUCACCAUCACCUCCACCACCAUAUUAUUAUAAAUCUCCGCCACCACCCUUGCCAUCACCACCUCCACCUUACUAUUAUAAGUCUCCACCACCACCUUCUCCUUCACCUCCUCCACCAUACUACUAUAAAUCUCCACCAACUCCUUCACCUUCACCUUCACCUCCGCCACCUUACUAUUACAAGUCUCCGCCUCCUCCAUCACCACCACCACCAUCACCAUACUACUAUAAAUCUCCACCAACUCCUUCACCUUCACCUCCGCCACCUUACUAUUACAAGUCUCCGCCUCCUCCAUCACCACCACCACCAUCACCAUACUACUAUAAGUCUCCACCACCACCUGCUAAGUCACCUCCUCCCCCAUACUAUUACAGUUCUCCACCACCAUCAGUAAAGUCUCCUCCUCCACCAUAUUAUUAUUCCUCACCGCCACCACCAAAGAAAUCACCCCCGCCACCAUAUCACUAUACUUCCCCACCACCACCAGUUAAGUCUCCUCCUCCACCAUAUUACUAUUCCUCACCACCACCACCCAAGAAAUCACCUCCUCCCCCAUAUCACUAUAGUUCCCCACCGCCACCAGUUAAGUCUCCUCCUCCACCAUAUUACUAUUUCUCACCACCACCACCCAAGAAAUCACCUCCUCCACCAUAUUACUACUCUUCUCCACCACCACCAAAUAAAUCACCACCGCCACCAUACCACUACUCUUCCCCACCACCACCAGUAAAGUCACCUCCAACUCCAUACUACUACACCUCCCCACCACCACCAAAGAAGUCUUCUCCCCCAUCAUACUAUUACACUUUACCGCCACCACCUACUCAUUACUAUCCUCCACAUCAUCAUUUGGUGGUCAAGGUUGUCGGAAAGGUCUAUUGUUUUAGAUGCUAUGAUUUAAAAUACCCAGAAAAGUCUCAUAACAAGAAACACCUAAAAGGUGCCGUUGUUAAGGUAACUUGUAAGGCUGGUGACAAGAAUAUUGUGAGUUAUGGUACCACAAAGAUCAACGGCAAAUUCAACAUUACUGUUAAAGGAUUUGAAUAUGCCAAAUACGGAGCAAAGGCUUGCAAGGCUAAACUACACAAUGCUCCAAAGGAUUCAAAUUGUGACAUUCCUACAAAUCUUCAUUGGGGAGUAAAAGGUGCUAACCUUAAAGUGAAGUCAAAGAACCAUUAUGAAGUUGUACUUUAUGCAAAACCAUUUGCUUAUGGCUCUAAGACACCUUAUGCAAAAUGCACAAAACCUAUGCCUACGCCUACUCCAUACUACUACAAAUCUCCUCCACCUCCAUCGCCGACUUAUAUUUACAAGUCACCACCUCCUCCAUCACCAACAUAUGUUUACAAGUCACCACCUCCCCCAACCCCGACAUACGUUUACAAAUCUUCGCCACCACCAACUAAGUCUCCACCAUCUCCUUAUUACUACUACAAGUCUCCACCUCCACCAUCACCAAAACCUGCCCCUGUAUACUAUUAUAAAUCACCACCGCCUCCACCUCCUUACUAUUAUAAAUCCCCUCCACCACCAUCAUCUUCUCCUCCUCCUCCAUAUUACUACAAGUCGCCACCACCCCUAUCGCCAUCACCUCCACCACCAUACUACUAUAAGUCACUACCACCGCCAUCCCCAUCACCACCCCCACCUUAUUAUUACAAGUCUCCACCACCACCAUCUCCAUCACCGCCACCACCCUAUUACUAUAAAUCACCACCACCUCCAUCGCCAUCACCGCCACCACCCUAUUAUUACAAGUCUCCACCACCACCAUCUCCAUCACCGCCACCACCCUAUUACUACAAGUCCCCUCCACCACCAUCACCAUCUCCUCCACCACCCUAUUACUAUAAAUCACUACCACCUCCAUCGCCAUCACCGCCAUCACCCUAUUAUUACAAGUCUCCACCACCGCCAUCUCCAUCACCGCCACCACCCUAUUACUACAAGUCCCUUCCUCCACCGUCGUCUUCUCCUCCACCUCCAUACUAUUACCACUCUCCACCUCCACCAGUAAAGUCUCCUCCUCCUCCCUAUUACUACAGCUCACCUCCUCCACCCGUGAAAUCACCACCUCCGCCAGUAUACAUUUAUGCUUCUCCGCCACCUCCAAUCCACUACUAAAUAUUUCUAGGAGCUCAGCCAUUCUCCAUAAUCAAUCAAAUUUUAAUUUGAAGGACAAAAUAAAUGCUGGCUUCUUGAGCAAAAGAUUCAAACAUCAAUGGCACAAAGCAAUUAAUUUAUGGAAUAAGAUAUUCAAUUUUUCAGUUGAAGGAUUGAUUCUUAUUGCACAUUGUUCUCUAGUGCAUUCACGUGGACAAGGCUACAAUAACUUUGAUUCUUCAUAGAUAGAGUUUGUUUUUUCGUAAUUUAUUGUUGUAUUGAGGAUGUCCUCGUUUUAUUCAUUUCCUAUUAGUUAUUGCAAGUUGUUUUCUUGUAAUACCUUGGUGUACUUUGUGCACAAAUCAAUAAGAAGAUCAAUUUCGUUA